GAAGCGCGGAGCAUGUUCAAAUACAGACGGCGGGUGAACAUGGCGUCUCCGGUGCUGUCUGAGAGGUGAUCGGCCUGUCUUCUGUGUUGAAGAUGUGGCGGGUGAAAAAACUGAGCCUGUCGCCUUCGCCCCAACCGGGAAAACCGGCGAUGAGAACUCCUCUUCGAGAACUUAACCUGCAGCCCGGUGCCCUCGUCAACUCUGAAAAAAAGCCCCUUAUUUGUUCCUCGCUGACCCCAUCACUGUGCAAGCUGGGGCUGCAGGAAAGCAGCAACGACUCAUCUCCACUAGGGUUUGUAAAUGCCAAAAGGACAGACUCCCAUUCAGAACACUUCAAUCUUUCCUCAAAGUGGCUAGAAGCUUAUCAGCAUGAAUCAGAUGAGCAGCCUCUAGAUCCAGUUCCCCAAACCAGCUCUACUCCUGAGAUAUCUGAAGGGGGAAUAGACCUACUCGAUGAUUAUGUGGUUAAAACCAUGAUCCUUGUACCCUCUCCAGUUGGGCAGCAACAAGACAUUGCAUCUGAAUCCCAUUUAGAUACCAUGGCAGAGAUAACUAGCAUUUCUUUAGAUGAACCUUCGAAGCCAGGAGAUCUAGUGAGAAAGGAGAUAGCAACCUGCAUGGAAGAUGGGUUUUCAGAAGUUGCUACUGCUAUGUCUAAGAAGCCUACAUUUCAAGAUUCUCCAUUCUCUCUCUCGGAGUAUCCACCAAAUCCCUGUUCUGAGCAAAAACUGUACUACUCCAAGGAAAGCCUGAGGGACAGUAGGACUGAAGCUGUACUUAAAGACUUAGUACCUUCUGAAAGGAAUGCCUUCUUGCCCUCCUCCAUGCUCUGGCUUUCCCCUUCAGCUGCCUUGGUAACGGAGUUUCCUGUCAAUCACAUGGACCCAGAAGAGAAAAUUGCAGCACAUAAAGCUAUGGAGGAAAGAGAAAUGAGCUUUCCCACAACUCCUGAGGAGACUACAUUGGAAGAUCAAGCACUUGUCUCAAAUGUAGAGGAUAUUCUGGCCACAUGCCCGAUACUAAAUCCAAUAGAAAUGGAAUCUCAGGAAGCUCCAGGUCCAGCAGUUGAAGAUGUUGGUAGGAUUCUUGGCUCCGAAACAGAGCCUUGGAUGUCUCCACUGACCUGGCUGGAAAAAGGUGUAAAUACCUCAGUCAUGCUGGAAAAUCUCCGCCAAAGCUUAUCCCUUCCCUCUGUGCUUCGGGAUGCUGCAGCUGGCACUACUCCUUUCUCUACUUGCUCGGUGGGUACUUGGUUUACUCCCCCAGCACCACAGGAAAAGAAUACAAACACAUCCCAGACUGGCCCAGGCAGCACCAAGGACCGUAUUUCUGAGAGAGAGCACUUCCUUUGUGGCCGGCCUCCAGAUCUGACUGCCUUGUCUCGACAUGACUUGGAAGAUAACCUGCUGAGCUCUCUUGUCAUUCUAGAGGUUCUCUCCCACCAGCUUCAGGACUGGAAGAGCCGGCUGACUGUCCCUCACCUAGAAACUCAGGACAGUAGCACACAGACUGAUACCUCUUCCAUUGGGAUAACUAAGAAACUUCAGCAUCUCCAGGAGAACCAAGAAGUUGGACAGGCCCUGCUGCAGGCUAGGAAUGUCAUGCAGUCAUGGGUGCUAGUUUCUAAAGAGCUGAUAUCUUUGCUUCACCUAUCCCUGUUGCACUUAGAAGAGGAUAAAACUACUGUGUGUCAGGAGUCUCGGCAUGCAGAAACCUUGGUCUCCUGCUGUUUUGAUGUGCUAAAGAAAUUGAAGGCAAAGCUCCAGAGCCUCAAAGGAGAAAGGGAGGAGGCAAGGCACAGAGAGGAAAUGGCCCUCAGAGACAAGGAUGUGGCAGAGACAGUGUUGGAGGCUUUCUGUGCACAUGCCAGCCAGCGCAUCAGCCAGCUGGAACAGGACCAAGCAUCUGUGCGGGAAUUCAAAGGCCUUCUGAAGGAGGCCCAGACCCAACUGGUAGGGCUUCAUACAGAGAAAGAAGAGCUGGCUCAGCAGACAAUGAAUCUUUUUUCUACCUUGCAACAGGACUGGAAAUCCAUGCAACUGGAUUGUAUAACAUGGACAGCUUUGCUGAGUCGGUCUCGACAACUCACGGAGAAACUCACGGCCAGGAGCCGGCAGGCCCUGCAGGAACGUGGUGAUGCAAUUCAGGAAAAGCAGCAGGUUUCCAGGGAGCUGGAGCAAGUCUCUGCCCAUUUAGAGGACUGCAAAGGCCAGAUAGAACAAUUGGAGUUGGAAAACAGUCGCCUAGCAACAGAUCUCCGGGCUCAACUGCAGGUUCUGGCCAGCAUGGACAGCCAGCUAAAAGAGCUACAAGGUCAGCAUGCCCACUGUGCUCAGAACCUGGCCACGAAGGAUGAGUUGCUCCACCAGCUUACCCAAAGCAAUGAAGAGCAGGCUGCUCAAUGGCAAAAGGAAGAGAUGGUACUAAAACACAUACAGGCAGAGCUGCAGCAACAACAAGCUGUCCUGGCCAAAGAGGUGCGGGAUCUGAAGGAGACCCUGGAGUUUGCAGACCAGGAGAAUCAGGUUGCUCACCUGGAGCUGGGCCAGAUUGAGUAUAAGUUGAAAACUACGCUGGAAGAGCUCCGGGAGCGCAGCCUACAGUGUGAGAACCUCAAGGACACUGUAGAGAACCUAACGACUAAAUUGGCCAACAUCAUAGCAGAGAACCAGGAGCAAGACCUGAAGAAGACACGCCAGUAUUCUCAGCAGCUAGGGGAAGUGACUGAACAACUGCAGAGCCUGACCCUCUUCCUACAGACAAAAUUAAAAGAGAAGACUGAACAAGAGACCCUUCUGCUAAGCACAGCCUGUGCUUCCAUCCAGGAAUAUCCUCUGCCCAAUGACAGCACCUUCUUGGGAAGCAUCUUGACCGCAGUGACAGAUGAAGAGCCAGAAUUAGCUCCUGUGCCCUUGCUUGGAAGUGACAAGAGUGCUUUCACCCGAGUAGCAUCAAUGAUUUCCCUUCAGCCUACAGAGACCCCAGGCAUAGAGAAGCGCCUGGCAGAAAUGACUGCUGUGACUCUUGAGCUUCAGAGUGUUUGUUCCCUGCUGCAAGAGUCUAAAGAAGAAGCCAUUAGCACUCUGCAGCAAAAAAUUUGUGAUCUGCAGGCUAGGCUGCAGGCCCAGGAAGAAGAGCAUCAAGAAGCCCAGAAGGCAAAGGAAGCAGACAUAGAGAAGCUGAAUCAGGCCUUGUGCUUGCGCUACAAGAAUGAAAAGGAGCUCCAGGAAGUGAUACAGCAGCAGAACAAGAAGCUACUAGAGAAGAUAGACAAGAGUGGCGAGCUCAGGAGCCUUAAAGAGGAGGUGGCCCAACUCACCCGCUCAUUUCGGCGUGCGGAGACAGAGAAUAAAGUGCUCCAGGAGACCUUGGCAGGCCAGCUGGAUCCCAGCUGCCAGCCCAUGGCCACUAACUGGAUUGAGGAGAAAGUGUUGCUCUCCCAGGAGGUAGACAAGCUGAGGAUUAUGUUCCUGGAGAAGAAAAAUGAGAAGGAAAAACUUAUGAUCAAGUUCCAGAGCCAGAGAAACAUCUUAGAGGAGAACCUUCGGCUCUCUGAGAAGGAGUUAAAAAAACUAGAUGACAUUGUUCAGCAUAUUUAUAAGACUCUGCUGUCCAUCCCAGAGGUGGUGAGGGGUUGCAAGGAACUACAAGGAUUGCUGGAAUUUCUGAGUUAAUAAACGGAAAGCUGGAAUUUGCUUCACCCUUUUUUUUUUGACAGUACCCCCUUAGCCCAACAUCAAGACCAGUUGGCACAGGCCCAAUUAUGUUUAAUAUUAUUUAAAUAAAGUGUUUUUAAAUGUGUUUCU